UAGUCGAGUAAAUGAAAAUUAUCGUUUAUCGUUUUAUCGUAUCGUAUCGUUUUUACCUUGAAGUGCCGCAUGUGACAUUACCUUUGGAAUAUUAGUGAACUUUUUUCAUUCAUCAGUUCAUAUAAUGUUCAGAAGAAUACUUUCUUUAUUACCUAAUAAGCCUUGUUUUAGAUCAGUUGCAGUUAAUCAACCCAUAGAUGAAGAUAUUUUAAGAUCAAACUUUAAAAAAAAAGAUUUUUCCAAUGAAUUUGGAGAACAGAUCAAGAAGAGAAAAUUCUUUACAUUUAAAAGGACUUCAGAAGAUCUUUAUAUAUGGUGUAGCAGUAUUAUUGGUGUGUCAAGCAUUAUUUAUUGGCAUAAAUGGUUUAACCAAAGCCCUUCUCACAAAAAGUUUGAUGAGGAAAUACUUAAUAUUUUGAAAAAGUUAAGUUUGGAGAAUAAUAUUGUCUUAGCAGUAAAUCCUGGUUCCAAAAUUUAUGAAGAUCCUUCUGCAUCUUUAAAGAAUUUGUCUCUUGAAGAAGUUAGUGAUAAAACUUGGGAAUGUGUAAAGGCUAACUUUAAGAAAACUGUUGAUGAAUGUUCAGCUUUGUUAUAUAAUAAAUUGGCAAUGCAAAUAUCAAGAAGUAGUAAUCAUAAAACGGCUUUCGAUUUGUUUUUAAAAGCAUCAGAAAAUGGCAGUAUUGCGUCUUUAUAUAAUAUUGGUCUUUGUUAUGAGUUGGGACAUGGAGUAAAUCUGUCAUUAGAGAAGGCAGCUGAAUACUACAAGCUUGCUGCCGAUAAAGGUCAUUUAAGAGCAAUGUACAAUCUUUCAUCCUUGCAUUACCAAGAAUUGGCAAAUAAAUUUAACAAUAGUGAAACAGGUUUUUAUUAUAUGAAGUUAGCUGCAGAUAAUGGUCUUGUAAAGGCUCAGUUAAAGUUAGCUCUCAUAUAUACAGAAGAAAAAAAGUAUUGUAAUGCUGUUAAAUAUUUUGAAAUGGCUGCAAAUCAAAAUGAUGCGGAAUCUUUGUAUUAUUUAGCAAUAUGUUAUGACAAUGGUUUUGGCGUGAAACAAGAUACUAAAACGGCGAUGUUACACUAUAAAAAAGCUGCGGAGAUGGGUUACGCAGGUGCCCAAUAUAUUGUAGGACAUCGUUAUAAAAAUGGUCACAAAGAGUGUCCAAAGGACUUGGUUAGUGCUUUAAAAUGGUAUAAAUUAGCUCAAAAAUCUGGUUACAAGAACAUAGAAGAAUGCAUAGAGCUUUUGGAAUACGAAAUCAAACAACAUAGUGAAGAGAUUUUAUUGGAUGCGUUAGAUUUAAAUCCUAUAAAGAAGUUUAUUUUUCCAGUUGAAAAACACAUCAAAGCAAUACAUAAGUCUUCAUCAGCACCUUGUUUAAGACCAUGUUGAUGAUAAAAAGGAAACUUUAUCAAUUAUGAGCAACGACACGAUGGUUUUCAUCCUCAUCUAGAAUAUUAUAUAACCCUAAAAUUAUAUCUAUAAUUUUAAAAAAAUUACAAGACUUAGCUAUUACUAGCUAUGUAAAUAUUGCUAAAGAUCAUCUUGAUCUGUUUA